AUGGAAAAUGGAAUAACGUUACAACAAUUAAAUCAUUUAAGCUACAGCAAAUGGAACGAUACAGCCAUUUUAAAUAAUAUUGAAACACAUGAUUUCGAUCCUUUUCCUAUCUAUGAUAAAUUUAAUAAUUACACUUUUUCGGUUUCAAGACAAAAGGGAACAACAUUUAUUAGUCCAGUCAUUAACAAUCAAUCUUUAGUUGAAUUAAAACUUGGAGUUCUGCUUCCAUUUCAUCAAAAUAAUAAUGGUUGGACGAGAGUAAUGACUAUAAGUGGUAUUUCUGCAAUUCGAUUUGCUGUGGCAGAAAUUAAUGCACAAAAAAUAAUACCUGGAGCGUAUAUUACAUUGGUAGAAAAGGAUUCAUAUCCUAAGGCUGUAGAAGGACAGGCCGCUAUUACUCAAGCUGUUUUCUCUGCAAUUUCAUUAAUUCAGGAGGGCGUUGUGGGCGUCAUCGGUGAUAUAUCAUCAUCUUGGACUUCAUUAUCAGCUUUAAUGACAAGUACUUUGCAAAUUCCUCAAUGCUCAUUCUCAGCAAUUGCAACUUCAUUAUCUGAUAAAUCACAAUUUGGAUAUUUCUUCAGAACUGCACCUACUAACUUAUUAUAUUCAGAUGCAGCAAUAACAUUUAUCAUAAGUCAAGGUUGGCCGCAAUUAGGCAUACUAUAUUCAAAUGAUGGUUUUGGUCAACAAUUGUCUGAAAAUGUUGUGAUGACAGCUCGGUUGAAUGGUAUACAUGUAAAAUCAUAUCAGUCAUUUUAUGAAAAUGGGCCUAAAAGUGAUAUCAAAAAAUCGCUCGAUUUAUUAAUGGCAACAGGUGUUCGUGUUAUUUUUAUAGCAGCAGAAGGCGUGGCUCAGUUGGCUGUACUUACAGUAGCGGGACAUAGCGGUUAUAUUAAUGAUAACACAAUUUGGAUUACAAUCGAGGCUGAUACAAAUACUCUAUUUGCUGCUGUUAACGAUUAUAAUUCGAUCUUAGCAAGAAGAGCAAAUAAUACAGAUGUAAUUCCAGAAUUAUAUAAUACAUCCUUUAUAGAUGAACUUGCAUCAAAAUCAUCCAAGAUAAGUAGAGCAGUAAAGAAGCAGUCUCUUAUUGAUUUAAUUGAUCCAGUAGAGUAUGCUGCAAGAAGUACGACUGAUUUGAGGCCAAUAAACUUUAAUGCAACAUUUUCGGGAGGCGUGUUCAUGUUUGACACUCUAAAAGAAUUGCCAGGCUAUCCUCCUUUUGAUGAUUUUUUAGACAGAUGGUCCCAUUUAGACCCUACAAUGUAA